GGCUGUGGGAGGGCUCUGCUGAUGCAGCCGGCCCCUCCCCAGAUCUGGAGAGCUGAGCACAGAGGGGCUGAGAGACGGAACCCCCAGAAAUGCCGCUCCUGGGAGACAGGGCCCGGGCCCUGCCCUCCCUCUGCUUCUGCCUGCUGGUCCUGGCCUGGGUUGCGGCAUGUGUGCCCACGGGGACCCCGAGCCUUGAGCCAGGCCCCGAGAAGAGCCGCUGGAGCCUGGUGCCGGGCAGGCUGAAGGAGCUGGUGGAGCCGCUGGUGACCAGGACCAGAGAGAGGUGGCAGUGGUUCUGGCGCCCUGGGGCCCUCCAGGGUUUCAUGCAGACCUACUAUGAUGACCACCUGAAAGACCUGGGUCCCCGCACCCAGGCCUGGCUCCUCAGCUCCAAGGACAGCCUCCUGAACAAAGCCCAGAGCCUGUGUCCCCAGCUGCUCUGCAGGGAACAGACCCAGGAUUAGCCUGCCCACACCUCCCCCAGCCCCAAUAAAGACCUCCUUAUCUGUG